AUGUUCGCCGAGACUGUUGCGCUGGUCUGCAGCGGCUGGUACAUCUUCAUAGCCUGCGUCUGCGCCAUCGGCUACCUCAACCUAUUCAUACACUACCGAAAGGUUCCUGUACGCGCCGCCGUCCUAGCCAAGGACAAAACAGACAUCCCACAUGUCACCGUGAUUCGACCCUGCAAGGGCCUCGAGCCGUAUCUCUACGAGUGCCUCGCGUCGACCUUUCUCCAAGACUACCCUCCCGACAAGAUAGACGUAUACUUGUGCGUUUCGUCGCGCUCGGACAGCGCCUACCCGAUCCUUGAGAGGGUGGUCCACGACUACCCCGACCGCAACGCCAGGAUCUUCAUCGAAGAGGAAGACGAUGACGCCGCGGGACCGGACAGUUCCAGAGCCUACCUUGGCCCAAACCCCAAGAUCCGGAACAUGAGCAAGGCCUAUCGUGAAGCCAAGAGUGACCUGAUCUGGAUAAUUGACUGCAAUGUCUGGGUUGGUCGUGGCAUCUGCGCCCGCAUGGUCGACCGGCUGUGCGGCUUCACUCAGCCAGGACUGCCUCCAGCAACACCGUACAAACUGGUCCACCACCUCCCCAUCUCCGUGGACGUGGACACAUACUCGAAAGGUCGGCCGCGAACUGAUUCCUCAGCGUACGACGAAACACCCACGACGCCCUUGCUCGCGAACACAGGCGGGAGGCGCAGCAGCGCGCUCACGCACCUCAACCGUUACGGAGGGCGUCUGGAAGAACUAUUUCUCUCGUCGUCGCACGCGAAGAUGUACGUAGCCAUCAACAUGGUCGCCGUCGCUCCGUGCAUAGUAGGUAAAUCAAACAUGUUCCGCCGCUCGCAUCUCGACCACCUGACCUCGGUGUGCGCGAGGGUUGAAGAUGCUCCUGGGCCCGCUGGGGGAACCACCCCGGUCAGCGCCAGGACCGGCAUCGACUACUUCUCCAGCAACAUCUGCGAGGACCACCUCAUCGGCGACCUCCUGUGGAAAUCCAAACUACCUCGCCUGCCAGGCUUCCCAAGCCGGAUGCGCAACCACGGCCUCGUCCUGGGCGACCUGGCGAUCCAGCCCAUUGCCGGAAUGAGCGUGGCCAACUACGUGGCGCGGCGUGUCCGCUGGCUUCGGGUUCGCAAGUUCACCGUCCCCGUGGCCACGCUCGUCGAGCCCGGCACCGAGAGUUUCCUGUGUUCCGCGUACGGCGCAUUCGGCGCCACCACGUUACCGUCGACGCGCCCAUUCUUCGGGACGACAUGGACAUGGUGUGCGCUCUGGUGGCUUGUCAGUAUCACGAUUUGGGCCGCGGUCGACUGGACCGUCUAUCUCCUCUUACACUCUGGACGGACCGUCGACGACGCGGACGACGGUCAGAAAGUGCCGGAAUUCGUACGCCGAAGCAAAACCAACUCUCCCGCGCGGGAUCUGACUCGGGCACGACGUCCGUUCAAGGAGUGGCUUUUCGCCUGGCUCGGCCGCGAGGCUCUCGCGCUCCCGAUCUGGACGUGGGCGAUAUGGGGUGGUGUAAGUGUGACGUGGAGAGACCGUCGGUUCUGGGUCGGGCUGGACAUGAAGGUUCAUGAGAUACAUGAGACGAGCACGGCGACGACGUCGACAGAAACGACAACUGCAAUGCCUCUCGGAAUGACUAAUGGGCAUACGAACGGGAAUGGUCAUAUGAAUGGGAAGAAGCGGACUGAGUAG